CCGGAUGCCGCAGUGUCGGCUCGUAUCGAUACAACGGAUGCGUGCGGACGCGCGUUAGCGAAUGAUGAGCAUGCGCAGCCUGUCGGGACGGACGAUUCCGAAGACAACGGCGAUGCAGUGACGCCACGUACAACGGCGCCUUCUCAGGAGGACAUACCCGUCGAAUCACUGAGCGAUGACAGUCUGGCGACAGAGUCGAUGCCAGGCAAAAAUGCUUUGUCAGUACGAUACGCCACCGCGUCGGUAGACGCUUCUGUUGGCACUGAAGUCGCGCCGGAACCAUCCAUGCCUUCUUGCAGCAUACCCUCCAAAAACACCUCUCCGAGACCGUCCAGUCCUCGAUCAGACACGACACCGCUGACACGCGACGUGUCGGCAACAUCUACUCUCGCUCAUGACACCCUCGGGCCACCUAUGCCUACAGCUGCACCAGCACCCUUGACACCAACGUCCGCAGCAGUAAAGACAACAUCAGCGCGCGUAGUGACGACAUUAACCCCGGCAACGCGCACCGAGCCGCCACCGCGCCUUCUCGUGCGUCAAAGCGAGUCGCGAACUGCGUCCCGCACCGACCUCGCCUCGUGGCAGAUGAUUUACAACCGCGCAUCCAACAACAAUUACCACUGCAUUGAAGCCAUUGCACAGCACAAGGAGCUCAAGAUGAAUCUGCAUCAGGAGGAACACAACGCCCGCGAGGCCAAGAAGCGCGUUGUCGCGGGGCAGCUCCAAUCGGCGACAUACUCGACGUUCGACGUCGUGGGCCGUCCAAUCGCGGGCUACGACCUCAAGAAGCACCUUCAAGACCUCUUCAACGAGCCCGGGCGCUAUGAAGCCGAGGCCAACGCUGCCCGCCGGUCCAAAUACGAAACCCUCCUGGCCGAUCAUCCUAGUGCAAAGUGGGCCCAGCACUGGCGACCGCUGCGUUUGCCACCGACCAUGUCCCCCGCAGAGAUUCAGCAGCGCGUUGUCUCGGACCGCGACGGUACGGGCGACACCUUGCUGCAUUUGGCUGCGGCGCGCGGGUAUCUCCCCAAAGCAAAAAUGCUCAUCUCACUGGGUGCCAACGUCAACUUGGUCGACAACAGCGUCUCUCGGUUGACGCCACUGCACGAAGCCGCGAGGGCUGGCAACGCCAACAUGGUCAAGCUUCUUUUGAGUGCUGGCGGCGACUGGGCGCGACAGGAUGCCAGCGGGGACCUGCCGCUGCAUCUUGCGUGCCGCGGUGGCUUCUCGACCGUUGUCAAGGUGCUCUUGCACGCCGACGCUGACCUCUACUCGUUGCAGGUACGCAACUUCAAAGGAAAAACGCCCCUGCACGUCGUCACAAUGCCAUCGCUGCUGCAUUUUCUACAAGAGCUUGUGGCGGCGUCGCAGCGCCAACGCUAGAGCUACCGCUCUCUACCUCAUGGAUACCUCUUCUCUUCUCUGCCUGCAUGCAACGAUUCGCUCAAUGCCGUGGGUUGGUCGUCGUCUAGACCUCGUUUGUAAACGGUGGAUAAGAUCUGACAUGUCAAUGGGAACGUUGCACGUCACGGACGC